UGUCUGUCAAUCCACAUCGGUCAGGCGGGAGUCCAAAUGGGGAACGCCUGCUGGGAACUUUACUGCCUGGAGCACGGGAUUCAGGCGGAUGGCACCAUCCCGGGCACCCCGGCCCCUCCGAAGAGCGAGACCGAGCAAGUGGAUUCCUCUUUCGAGACCUUCUUUUGUGAGACGGCCUCCGGGAAGCACGUGCCACGGGCGGUCUUCGUGGAUCUGGAGCCCACCGUCAUCGACGAGAUCCGCACAGGGACCUACCACUCCCUCUUCCACCCGGAGCAGCUGAUCAGCGGCAAAGAAGACGCUGCCAACAACUACGCCCGGGGCCACUACACCAUUGGCAAGGAAAUCAUCGACACCGUCCUGGGCAGGAUCCGCAAAAUGGCUGACCAGUGCAGUGGUCUCCAAGGGUUCCUGGUCUUCCACAGCUUCGGUGGCGGGACGGGCUCGGGCUUCACCUCUCUCCUGAUGGAACGACUCUCCGUGGAGUACAGCAAGAAGUCCAAGCUGGAGUUCUCCGUGUAUCCCGCCCCCCAGGUCUCCACCGCCGUGGUGGAGCCUUACAACUCCAUCCUGACCACCCACACCACCCUGGAGCACUCGGACUGCUCCUUCAUGGUGGACAACGAAGCCAUCUACGACAUCUGCAACCGGAACCUGGACAUCGAACGUCCAACCUACACCAACCUCAACCGGCUGAUCGGGCAGAUUGUCUCUUCGGUGACGGCUUCCCUGAGAUUUAACGGCGCCCUGAACGUCGACCUGAUCGAGUUCCAGACCAACCUGGUGCCCUACCCCAGAAUCCACUUCCCCUUGACCACCUACGCCCCCAUCAUCUCGGCCGAAAAGGCCUACCACGAGCAGCUCUCCGUGCCGGAGAUCACCAACGCCUGCUUUGAGUUUGCCAACCAGAUGGUCAAGUGCGACCCCCGCCGGGGCAAGUACAUGGCCUGCUGCCUCUUGUACCGGGGAGACGUGGUGCCGAAGGACGUCAACGCGGCCAUCGCCGCCAUCAAGACCCGGCGCUCCAUCCAGUUCGUCGACUGGUGCCCGACCGGCUUCAAGGUGGGCAUCAACUACCAGCCGCCCACCGUGGUGCCCGGCGGAGACCUGGCCAAGGUGCAGCGGGCCGUCUGCAUGCUCAGCAACACCACGGCAAUCGCCGAGGCCUGGGCCCGGCUGGACCACAAGUUUGACCUCAUGUACGCCAAGCGGGCCUUCGUCCACUGGUACGUGGGGGAAGGCAUGGAGGAAGGGGAGUUUGCCGAAGCUCGGGAAGACCUGGCGGCUCUGGAGAAGGAUUACGAAGAGGUCGGGCGGGAUUACGCCGAUGGAGAGGAAGAGGAGGCAGAGGAAGAUUUUUAGAAUAAAAGCGCAGGCCAAAAUCUGUGUGCGCCACCAAGC